GGACACGUGUGACAACCACACGACCUGCUCCACCAGCUCUGCCUCCAGCCUCGACACCAGUGCCCAGUCCCAGGAGAGCAAUGGGCAAACACAGAGCUCCAGGUGGGACGAGCAGCAGAAAGUCUUUGCCCUCGAGCAGGUCUGUGGUGUCUUUAGAGUGGACCUGGGACAGAUGAGAUCCCUUCGCCUCUUCUUUAGCGACGAGGCGUGUACCUGUGGCCAGCUGGUUGUGGCCAGCAGGGAGAGCCAGUACAAGAUCUUCCAUUUCCACCACGGUGGCCUGGAUAAACUGUCUGAGGUGUUCCAGCAGUGGAAGUACUGCACAGAGACCCAUCUCAAGGACCAGCAGCUCGCUGAUGAGAAGACGUGUAUGCAGUUCUCCAUCCGCCGUCCCAAGCUGCCCUCCUCAGAGACCCACCCCGAGGAGAACACCUACAGGCGGCUGGACGUGGCUGCCUGGCUCCAGCACCUGAACGAGCAGGGUCAGGUGGAAGAGGAGUACAAGCUGCAGAAGGCCAUUUUCUUUGGGGGGAUUGAUGUUUCCAUCCGUGGGGAGGUGUGGCCCUUCCUGCUGCACUACUACAGCUACGAGUCCACCUCAGAAGAGAGGGAGGCACUGAGACUGCAGAAGAGGAAGGAAUACUUUGAGAUCCAGGAGAAAAGGCUUGCCAUGACUCCAGAUGAGCAGAAGGACUUCUGGCGCCAGGUGCAGUUCACGGUGGAUAAGGACGUCGUGAGGACCGACCGCAGCAACCAGUUCUUCCGAGGGGAGAACAACCCAAACGUGGAAACUAUGAGGUGAGGUGUUCUGAACUAUGCAGUGUUUAACCCAACAAUUGGAUACUCCCAGGGGAUGUCUGACCUGGUUGCCCCACUCCUGGCAGAGGUCUUAGAUGAGUCGGAUACUUUCUGGUGCUUUGUAGGACUGAUGCAGAACACGAUCUUCGUCAGCUCCCCCCGCGAUGAGGAUAUGGAGAAGCAGCUGGUGAGGCUGA